CGCAGCGCGUGCGUUUGACUCGCCAAUCGACGCAACUCAACUCUGAAAGCUUUACUAAUUAGGCACAAGGUAGCGUGAAAGCUCCUACGCCGUGAUCCAUCCAUCCAUCGCUCACCUGCGCUUCUUCCCUCGACUGCUGCACGGCUUCACGCAGAGCUCUAGUGCAAAAUGAGAUUUAAAAUAGAUGAUUUGCCUGUGUUAUUUCCUUAUCCAAGGAUAUAUCCAGAACAAUAUGCCUACAUGUGUGAUCUGAAAAAAACCCUCGAUGCGGGUGGCCAUUGUGUCCUGGAAAUGCCGUCAGGAACCGGCAAGACCGUGUCACUGCUAUCUCUCAUUGUUGCGUACCAGCAGCAUAUGCCCGAGAAGCGAAAGCUCAUCUAUUGUUCACGAACAAUGUCGGAGAUCGAGAAGGCUUUAGUCGAGCUGCAAUCUCUGAUGAAGUAUCGCGCCGAACAGUUGGGCUAUGAAGAAGAGUUUCGCGGCCUUGGUCUAACAAGUCGAAAGAACUUGUGCCUUCAUCCCUCUGUCAAAAGGGAAAAAAGUGGCUCGGUUGUUGAUGCACGUUGCAGAAGUUUGACUGCAGGCUUUGUCAAAGAAAAGAAAGAUCGAGGUGAAAAUGUGGAUGUCUGCGUCUAUCACGAUAAUCUUGAUCUCCUUGAACCGCAUAACUUGAUACCCAACGGCGUAUGGUCAUUUGAUGCGCUCCUAAAGUAUGGAGAAGAGCACAAGCAGUGUCCAUAUUUUACUGCACGGCGCAUGAUGCAAUAUUGUAAUGUUGUCAUCUUCUCAUAUCACUAUCUCCUCGAUCCAAAGAUUGCUGAGCGUGUAACGAAAGACUUCUCCAAGGAUUGUAUUGUAGUCUUUGACGAAGCUCACAACAUUGACAACGUCUGCAUCGAGUCACUUAGUACCGACAUCACUGAAGACUCAAUACGCAAAGCUACUCGCAGCGCACAGCACCUAGAGCGACGAAUUGCUGAGAUGAGAGAGACCGAUCAAGAGCAGCUUCAGAAUGAAUACGAAAAGCUUGUUCAAGGGCUUCGGGAAGCUGAUGAGUCAAGGCAGGAAGAUGCCUUCAUGGCCAAUCCAGCUCUGCCCGAUGAUCUUCUGAAAGAAGCUGUUCCUGGAAAUAUCAGGCGAGCCGAGCAUUUUGUAGCCUUUUUGAAAAGAUUUCUUGAAUAUCUCAAGACGAGAAUGAAAGUCCGUCAAGUCAUCUCGGAAACACCAUUAUCAUUUUUGGCUCACUUGAAAGAACAUACUUUCAUCGAGAGGAAGCCGUUGCGAUUUUGUGCCGAACGGUUAACGUCGCUGGUCAGGACCCUUGAGCUUAUGAAUAUUGAAGACUACCAAGCUCUCCAAGAAGUAGCAACAUUCGCUACUCUCGUUGCGACAUAUGAGAAGGGUUUCUUGCUCAUAUUAGAGCCAUACGAAUCCGAUACCGCCGAAGUCCCAAAUCCCACUCUUCACUUUACCUGCCUUGACGCCGCCAUCGCCAUCCGACCUGUAUUUGAAAGGUUCUACUCGGUGAUCAUAACCUCUGGUACUAUCUCGCCACUUGAAAUGUAUCCUAAAAUGCUGGAUUUCGCUACGGUAAUACAAGAGUCAUAUAGUAUGACGCUUGCGCGGAGAUCUUUCCUUCCGAUGAUUGUAACUCGCGGAAGCGACCAGGCUUCGGUCUCAUCCAGCUUUCAGGUUCGAAAUGAACCCAGUGUUGUUCGAAACUACGGCAAUCUCCUCACAGAAUUUGCCAAAAUUACCCCUGACGGCCUGGUUGUCUUCUUCCCGUCAUAUCUAUACAUGGAAUCCAUCAUUAGCAUGUGGCAGGGCAUGGGCAUUCUCGACGAGGUUUGGAAGUAUAAACUGAUCCUGGUGGAAACUCCCGAUGCGCAAGAAACAUCACUGGCCCUAGAAACAUACCGAACUGCCUGUUGCAAUGGAAGAGGAGCAAUUCUACUUUGCGUCGCUCGCGGGAAAGUAUCAGAGGGUAUCGAUUUCGAUCACCAAUACGGCCGAACCGUGCUCUGUAUCGGCGUUCCGUUUCAGUACACAGAAUCAAGAAUCCUGAAAGCAAGGCUUGAGUUUUUGCGAGAAACAUAUCGCAUUAAAGAAAACGAUUUCUUGUCCUUUGACGCCAUGCGCCACGCUGCCCAGUGCCUAGGCCGUGUCUUGAGAGGCAAAGACGACUAUGGAGUCAUGGUGCUGGCCGAUCGACGUUUCCAGAAGAAGAGGAGCCAGCUACCUAAAUGGAUCAACCAGGGCUUGUCGGAUGCCGAUACGAAUCUGAGUACCGAUAUGGCGGUUAGUAGUGCUCGACGAUUUUUGAAGACAAUGGCGCAACCAUUCCGGAGUAAAGACCAGGAAGGCAUCAGUACCUGGGGGUACGAAGACCUGUUGCAACACCAGAGAAAGGUGGAAGAAGAAAGGGGGGAUGAACCCCCUCCGGCCAUGGCAAAUUCACGAGCAGCCGCUAAUGAAAACAUGACUACUACGUAUGAAUCUGAUUAUGAAGACAUUGAUCAAGAAAUGAUGGAGUUGGAAGGCUUCUAAGGAGUUCGGACCGUGCAGAGCGGUUAGAGGGUGAGAUGUCUGAUUCUCUGGCUAAUUGCCUUUUCUAUCUAUCUUUCUUUCCUUCUUUCUUGGAAUCUGGGUUAUAAUAAGUCUAUACAUUAAUCAUUCGCUAGUUAUUCAUUACGUCAGUACAAUCCAUCAUAUCAUAUCUUUUACCAUAGGUAGUCUCUAAAUCCAUCACGACUUUUCCAUUCUAAACCACUGAAAUCCUGCAAAAUGGUAAAAAUAUUUAGAAAGUAUACCCGCAAUAGGUAGCACCAACGCAAAAAGAUAAUAGACAGCUAGAGUGGGGGGGUAUCACAGCACAUGUAUAACGUGCCAACUCAGUCGACUCAUCUCGUGGUGGGUAUAAUGCGCCUAGAGGCUUUGACAGCUCUCAUAGCAGGCAACGU